AUGGUUAGCUUCCUCUCUCUGCCUCGCCAUAUUCGCGAUAAGAUCUACGCUCAAGUCGUUCUAUUCGAUGAGCCAAUCCUUACGCAGGAAGCCAUCGAUGACAUUUGUGGUCGAAAAUCACCAACAGCCCACAACUUCGCCACUCCCUCAACAGUCGGCCUUUCAAUUUUCCGUGUGAACAGGCAAAUCCACGAGGAGGCAUCUUUUAUUUUCUACACCCAGAAUGUCUUCUCUAUCAAGGUUGUCACGGAAGCCUAUGAGUCCUAUAACCAACGAAAACAAUGCUUCAGGGCUCGAUGGACCACUCCAUGGGAAGAUAUUGCCUAUGAGUUUACUGAAGAAGGUGGAAUCGGUCACUUCUGCCCGGGCGAUUAUGGUGGAAACCUCGGAAAUGAAAUCCUUCAAAAGGAUGUCAAAACCUACAUCUAUCCAUCCAUCCGAUACCGCCACCUCCUUCGCAACGUUCGUAUCGAGAUCGUUGAUACCUGUUUUAUGGAAUACUGCACUCAGCAAGUCCCAAUAAAGAGACAAUCAUCUGUCGGAAAGAGGAAGACUCUAUACACUCUUCUCAGAAAGCCCACUUUCAGAAAGACAAAUCCUGGGAGGAUUCCACUUAAAACAAUCUUUAUGCCUUUGGCAUGCAGACUUCGAUGUCUUCUUGCCGCUUGCAGCACUAAUGUCAAUAUUGCCAUUACUGUUUCCACUACUAUGCUUGACAACUUCGAUGAAUUGAGCACUAGAGCUUACAAAGAUCUUGUUGAGCUUGCGUCCCCAUUCACUAAGGGAUACAAAACCGGAAAUGUCGACCUCCAUAUCCAGUACGAAGAGGAUUACGAAUUGGAUCCGAAGUACGAAGGGUUAAAGACAAAGGUUUUGAAAACCUGCAAUCGGGACGCUAAGAUUGAUGGACCGGAGGGACAGAAAUUCGAGAAUGUCGAUGUUGAGUUAAUGUUGCACUGGAGGUUGUUGAAGGGAAGAUUGGUGAUCCGUUGA